AUGGGAAGACUACCAAAUAGACCAACCAGCGAACUUGGAACCGGGGCUGGGCUUCCGGAGCAUCUUCGACCCAAGCCUGUGGCUGACCCGAUGGGAAUCCUUUCGAAGCCCUUCAAAGUGCCUAUAAAGGCUUUCGGGACUGACGGGGCUCGCAAGUCAGAGCGCAAGAGGCCGCGGGUAUCAUAUGCACUAAUGGAUAUUGAUUCCAACAGUUUAAACGACGAUAUGGUGGACGAAGAUGGUAACAUCAGCCGCAAGGUGAAAGGUGCCACGCUUUCUAGACGGUUCAUAGGGUCCGCAGACAACACAGCUGCGAUACUAACUAAGCGUUUCAUCCUCCCACGUUCUUCGGGCAAAGAGAAUGAUGUCUUCAUGAGGCCGCCACCGCCAGCUUUGGGGACUAGGCGGACCCCAACAGUCGCACCGAGACCUCUUCAUGAUCCAAUGAGCGAAUUGGCAAUUGUUCUGUAUGAUCCCACCGUGGACAAGAUACCAGAGAUCGAGCUCUUAAAGGAGGAAGAGUCAGAAAAGGUUAAAGAAGAGGAAAAACCUGCAGAGCCCGAAGUUGUGGAAACGGCACCAAAGCGGAAAGUGCACAAGUCGCUUAACGAGAUCUUGGGCAUCUCACACGAUUACUCCGUAAGUAAGAAGUACCCCAAUGUGGCUGUUGUGAUUGACCCAAAACUGGCCAAGAUUUUGAGACCUCACCAAAUUUUGGGAGUCAAAUUCUUGUAUCAGUGCACCUCUGGGAUGAUAGACGCUCGCGCUAAAGGGUGUAUCAUGGCCGAUGAAAUGGGAUUAGGUAAAACGUUACAGUGUGUCGCUUUGAUGUGGACUUUGUUGAAACAGGGUCCAUUGGGAAAGAAGACAAUUGAUAAGAGUAUCAUUGUUUGCCCUUCAUCCCUUGUUAAGAAUUGGGCGAACGAGUUUGACAAGUGGCUUGGCAAGGGAACAUUGACUCCGUUGGCGAUUGAUGGUAAAUCCACAAAGGGAACUGAUGUGGCCACCUCAAUACGGCAAUGGGCUCUGGCCGCAGGAAGGAAUAUUGUGAGACCUGUGCUGAUCAUCAGUUACGAGACUCUUAGGCGUAACGUGGACAAUUUGAUGAACACGGAGAUUGGUCUCAUCGUUGCCGAUGAAGGUCAUAGACUGAAGAAUGGUGAAUCGCAGACAUUCACUGCGCUUAGUGCCCUCAACUGUGUCAGAAGAGUGAUCUUGUCGGGUACUCCAAUCCAGAACGAUCUAUCAGAGUACUUCUCUCUGUUGAAUUUUGCAAAUCCCGGCCUUCUGGGGACAAAACUUGAUUUCAGAAAGACCUAUGAGCUCCCCAUUCUUCGAGGUCGUGACUCGCUAGCUGAUGAAAAUGAGCGCAAAAAGGGUGAUGAAAAGCUGCUUGAAUUGACACAGGUCGUCUCCAGAUUCAUCAUCAGAAGAACAAACGACAUUCUUUCCAAGUACUUACCCGUCAAGUAUGAAUACGUCAUCUUCUGCAAGAUGGCUCCAAUGCAGGAGAGGUUAUACAACCACUUUAUCACUUCCCCUGACAUCAAGAAGCUUUUGAGGGGUGUUGGAUCUCAGCCUUUGAAGGCAAUCGGUCUUUUAAAGAAGCUGUGUAACCAUCCCGAUCUUUUGAACUUGCCAGAAGAUAUUGAUGGUUGCGAAGACCUCAUUCCAGAGGACUAUACCAAGACGUCUGGUCGUAACAGAGAAGUGCAGACAUGGCAUAGUGGAAAGAUGGAGAUUCUCCAGAGGUUUUUGUAUCAGAUCAACCGCACCACUGAUGACAAGAUUGUACUGAUCUCGAACUAUACUCAGACUCUUGAUUUGAUAGAGAAAAUGUGCAGACAGGCGAGAUACGGAUGUCUUCGCCUGGACGGAACGAUGAACAUCUCGAAGAGGCAGAAGCUGGUCGAUAGAUUCAACGACCCAGAAGGAAAGGAGUUUGUGUUUUUGCUAAGUUCUAAAGCAGGUGGGUGCGGAAUCAACUUGAUUGGUGCAAACAGACUGGUAUUGAUCGACCCAGACUGGAACCCAGCAUCUGAUCAACAGGCACUGGCGCGUGUCUGGAGGGACGGACAGAAGAAGAAUUGUUUCAUCUAUAGGUUCAUCACCACGGGAACUAUCGAGGAAAAGAUAUUGCAGAGGCAGUCUGCCAAAUUACAGCUUUCUUCAUGUGUGGUUGACUCCAACGAAGACGUGGAAAGAUUGUUUUCUGGAGAAACCUUGAAGAAACUCUUCUUGUACCAGAAGAACACUGCUUCUGAUACGCACGAUACGUACAACUGCAAAAGAUGUGGAAAAGACGGUAGGCAACAUAUCAAAUCAUCAGCGAUGCUGUAUGGAGAUCCUACGACCUGGAACCAUAUUCAUCCCGAGAAACUUUCAGAGAAUGAGGAUGUGUUGUUGGCAAACGAGUCUAAUUUUGACAACAUCAGUUAUUGUUUCCAGUACAUAUCGCAUUGA